UGUCUGCGUAGGGUUCGCUGUGUAUUGUGGGGCUCGGAGGGAACCCCUAGCGUACUGUCAGCAGUCUCUGCAGAAGGGAGUGUUGCUGGUAGUACAAUAACAUGCUGGACACCAAACUGUCAAUAAACAUAAUUCAUUGAAUGUCCAGGUUGCCUAGUGGGCUGGCUUAAGGGAGAUAAACAAGAAGCCGCAUCAGUCGAUUGCGUUUGCUGUGAACAUGUUGUUAUGUAAUACGAAGUACAAGUAGAUAAGAGGGAAAAAAUGUGAUUGAAGAGAAUUCCAUUAAGUGGUCGAUUGUGAUGUCACUGUUCUGAAUGGACUUUACAGUUGAAUGGAAUUCCAAGAGGUCCCUCAGGACCGAGACUUCAAUUAUUAUGAGAAGUACCGCUUUUGAAGGAAAGUCAAGGAUAAAGGCACCACAGCAACCAAAUAAAUUAGGCUGCUGCAACCCAAGAUUUGUGCGGGUAGCUGUCCCUCAACCGAAGAUUUUCCCAAUUGUUUGUGCCAUACUGGAUCCUCCAGCAUUUUCAACCCGAUGUCCAUGAAACCGCAUGAACACACGCUGGGGAGGACUUUCUGUUCCAUAGACCGAGUGAAUUCCGUAUCCUCUCGCUUCAGUUUGCUUUGCCCCGUCUUUUAAUCCUGCUUUGGGACUGAAAUGAAGAAGGUAGUUUAUUGGUCUUCAGAAGAGGUGUCCAGCUGGCUGACAGAGGAAGGCAUGCCGGAAUACUCUGAUUCCUUCCAGCGUCUGAACGGCGAGGACUUGCUGCGGCUGACUGAGGCUGACUUCAAGAAGCCCCCUCUGUCGCUGGUCUCCUCGGACAAUGGGCAGCAACUGCUCAACAAGAUCGAGACACUCAACAUUGAGCACCACAUUGAAGCCCACAAGAAUGGGCACGCCAAUGGGCACCUGAUCAAGGGCAACAAUGGGGACAUUGGCAGCAAAGCCAAACGCAGUGGUAUGCCCAACGGCUUCCGCAAUGAGAUGGUACAGAUUCACAUGCCGAUGCCUGAGAAAUCACACUUCCCCAUGGAGUGGGGCAAGACGGCCCUGACCUUCAUCUAUGCCCUUUUCUGUUUUGUUUUUACAACAGUCAUGAUCUCUGUGGUCCACGAGCGAGUGCCUCCUAAGGAGGAAACCCCUCCAUUGCCCGACAAGUUCUUUGAAAUUUUUGACCGGGUGGAGUGGGCAUUCUCUAUAUGCGAGAUUAAUGGCAUGAUUCUUGUGGCACUGUGGCUCAUUCAGUGGACUUUGUUAAAGUACAAAUCCAUUGUUGGCCGGCGAUUCUUCUUUAUUGUCGGCACGCUCUACCUGUACAGGUGUAUCACAAUGUAUAUCACAACACUCCCUGUGCCUGGGAUGCACUUCCAGUGUUCUCCAAAGCUGCUUGGAGACUGGGAAGCUCAGAUGAGGAGAGUAAUAAAAAUGAUUGCAGGUGGUGGGCUUUCUAUCACAGGGUCACACACCAUGUGUGGGGAUUACCUGUAUAGUGGGCAUACAGUCAUUUUAACACUCACCUACCUGUUUAUUAAAGAGUAUUCUCCCAGGCGGUUCUGGUGGUAUCAUUGGAUCUGCUGGUUCCUCAGUGUUGUUGGGAUCUUCUGUAUUAUGCUAGCCCACGACCACUACACUGUGGAUGUGGUGGUGGCAUACUACAUCACUACUCGCCUUUUUUGGUGGUACCACACCAUGGCCAAUCAGCAAAUACUAAAAGAAGCCACCAAUACUAACUUUUUUUCCCGGGUCUGGUGGUACAGUGCUUUCCAGUACUUGGAACAGAAUGUCAGUGGGACUGUACCUCGCAACUACCAGCUGCCCUUUCCCUGGCGAGCAACCCCAUUCAGUAGAAAUGUGAAAUAUACUCGUUUAGACACAUAACGAUGGCAAGAGGACUGAAGGACUGCCCAGGUGGCUAUGAAGCCACAGCGGUAUUGAGGAUGAUAUGGAAAGACCACCUGAAGUGCUACGAUCUCGCCACGAGAAGAUGCCAUAGUGAAUUCCUUGCUAAUCCUUAGUUUAAUAUUCAUUUUUGACUUGUUCCAGUAAAACUGGUCAGCACUGUGAUUUUUUUGGACAAACAUUUAGAAGAUGCAUUGUACAGGCAAUUUAGUAUUUUGCCAUUAGCCAAAACCAUGCUUUGUAAAUCUAUCAACUUUAAAACCUGAUUUUAUUUCGUAACAAAUUUAGUUUCUCCAUUCUUAUCUGGGGUUUCUUUCAUACAAGAGUCCCAGUGAUUGGGUUGUAAGCCUUUUCCAAGCAAGGUCUAUACUAUAUACAAGAACAUGUUGCCUCUAUAAGAUCACAGUGUAUUUUGAAAUUCUGUGUUAUCAAUGUGGCAGGCUUGAAUUUUUUGUUGUGGAAAGUUUUGUUUUUUUUGGUUUAUUUCAAGCCUCACGAGACAAAGAAAAGGUUCAAAAGUGAUUUUUCUAAAGUAUUUUACACGUUUAUUUUUCAAGCAAAUGAUGACUAUGAUGUGUAAAGAAAAUCAAAUGGACUUUUAGAUUUUUACAUUUUGGUAAGAAAGCAAACGGGGGGGGGGGGGGGUCGUAUUCUGUUUUCUAGUGCCUUUCUUGUCUUGAUUGUACAGUUUGUCACUGGUCUCAUUUAAUGUAUGUUUAUUUAAAAAUAUAUAUAAUAAUGUGUACAUUUUGUGGUAUGGAAUUAUUUUGGCUUGAACCGUACAAUGAAGAUCUGUUAAGAUGUAUGCAAUGGCCUCAUUUCUAUUUAACAGUUGCUUUGUUGGUAAAAUAUUACAGCCCCUGUAUAUUUAAACAUAGAGAAUGUGCUUAUUUUAGCCUUAAAUAAUUUGUCUUCCUAAAAUAUUUAUAUCUCCUCUAUCACCCUGCAGCCGUGAUUGCUGGUCACUAAUAUCCAACAGUCUAUACAACUAUAUCACUUAUGUUCCAGUCAUUUGUUACAUCAUUGUUUUCUAUUGUAUUUACAGUUGGAGACUGGGAAUUGCACAGUGUUGUUGACCUUGUUCUUAGGACCCCAAUAUUAAUGAUACCACCAAUAUAAGUUCAAGUCUAUAUUGUGUCUUGUAAUCUAAAGAUACAACACUACUGGCACUAUUUGCUCAGAUUAAUAAAUGACGGCAUUCUUAACUGUGAGGUGCAAGAUCAUUUUCAGGAUUUGGUACCGUGCUGUGCUGCUGUAUGUAGGUGUUUGGCUGCACUGUUGCUGUCAAAUGUCUGAGAUUGUAACAUUAUCGCAGAUCCCUGUCCAUUCUUCCCUGAACUUCCGUGACAACCUAAUAAAGCACCAGAAGUUCACUUUUGCAGCACUGUAGACCUGUAUUAUGGUCCAGGAAAGAUAACUCAAAUCAAAGCAACAAGCCAGUAAACUAAUGUUGUGCUUGCCCAGUUUUAUUAUUUAUUUUUCAUUUUUCAGUACAUUCCAUUCGUCUGGUAAAAACAAAACAAAAAAAAUAAUUGUAGCACCACCUACAGUAUUAUUCUUGGUAUUGCAGUGCAAGUUGUACUUCAGUGAACUGUUCUUGCCAUUCAGUUUGACACAGUAUAUAUGUAUAGUUUUGCAUUUUCUUUUAAAAUGUCCUUUUUUUUGUUUUAUGAACACCUGGCUUUUAUUUUGGCAGGCAUUUACAAAAAGCUUUUUAAAGGUGCAAGCCCAAACAGUUAUUUAUUACAAAAGACAAUGUUUGUUCCAAAAUCAUACCAAAUUGUUGUUUAGAGUCUUAACCUGUUGAUAAAAUCAAAGAAAAAAAGAAUGUUCACAAUCAUUGAGCUGAUCAUUGUUGAUUUCUCAACUGAUUUGCAGUUGCCCAUGUUAUAGUUGAGACAUGAAGAGGAAGGACAGUAAUGUUUCAUUUCUAUAUGGAAUGUAAUAUAUUUGUGCGGAUGAUGCAUGUAGUUUAGUAUUGCUUAUCAACGUAAAUAUGGGGGGGGGGGGGGGGGGGUUGUAUGCAUUAUUGCCAAUACACAAAACAAAUUAGUUUUUUAAUGAUGAAAAGUAUAUAUAUAUAUUAUAUGAUUAUUCUGUAUUUUACGUGAAGCAGAGAUCCUUUUCUCAAGAUUAUUGUUUUUUUGGGUUUUUUUUGUUUUUUUUGUGUAUAUACCAGGUGAUAUUUGUAUUGUAAAACAUCUGUGGUGAGGGAUGGACAUUAAAAUACUUUUACAAA